CUGCCAUAAAUGUUGGAGGUAUAGAAACUUCAAAUUUUAUUUGGAGGAAGAACAUGCUGUUGUGGAAAAGAUCCUCAUUUGGCUGGAAGCCCUCUGUACAAACAUGAGUUCAAUUUUCUGCUUUUCUUCAGCAGUGCCAGCUGAGCAUGGUGGAGACCAUCCACCCUGUUCCUUUCAAAACUAGCCAGUUUCGGGCCCACUUUAGUUUAGCCUUCCCUCCCCCCUCCUCCCCCCCCAAAGACACAGACACUCAUUUGACUGUUCUUUUUGAAGCUCUCCUUACCAUUUGUCAGGGGCUGGGUGGGUGACUGUGACCCCAGGCUGUUAGGUGGCCAUCCAAAGGCAGCUCACCAGAAGCGUCCCUCUACUUGUCCCACCACUGCAGGGCAAGCCCCUUGCUAGGCCCUGGGGUGCCUUUUGUCAGUGCUGGGUCCACGAGCUCUGAGCCCUGUGUGCCUUGCUGCAGCAGACUUGCAGAAACUAGGGCUCAUCUGCUUCUACGACAAUGUGCAGCUGGCAGCCUGGGCAGACGUCCUGUUCCUCUGCUGCCUGCCAUCGCACAUGCUGUCCAUCUGCUCUGCAGUUCGGCCAGCCAUCCGGAAGCCCUGCAUUGUGUACAGCCUCGUCACUGCCGUUCCUCUGCCCAGGUUGAAGCAACUCCUUUGCUACAAUGCCAUCGUGAGGCCACAGUACCAGUGCCCUGGCAAGGAGCCUACAAAGGAGUGGGGGACAAAGGGGUCGGUCACAGAGGCACUGCAAGACCUUGCUGUUGUGCAGGCAACAUGCCCCCUCAGCUCCCAAGCGAAAAUAAAAGUCAAUGGCAAAUGGCUGGUGGGCAUUUUCUAUGCAGCCCUGAACAGCAGCAUGUGGCAGAGCCUGCCUCACCAGGAGGCACUGGCAUUGCUCAAUGACCUCUGUUUCCCUGGACACUGCCAUAUCUGCGCAGAGCAGAAAGCUUCCUGCCCACAGUUUACACGCGAGAGUUUUGUCAGCAAAAGUUUUGCCUCUUCAAUGACUCAAGAGGAAACCUUCCCAUGGUUUGACCUGACAACUGCACAACUGAGAGAGUCUCCUUUUAGCCAGCUGCUAGAAAAGAGCGAGUCUGUCCAGAACCACCUUGCUCUGCUGUAUCAGUCAUCUUUUGGAGACUGGCCCACAAAGCAGUGUGUGCUGACCAGCGCCAAGACUUCUCCUACAUUAGCCAUACCAGAACCUGAUGUGAUGUUGAUUCAGGACUCCUCACUGUCCACAACUUCUUCGAAAGUUUUUUCAGGAAUUCCAGAGGAAACUACUGACUAUGUUUCUAAAUCCUCAUAAACUGAAAUGAAGUCUAUGAUAGAAUGCUAUGCUGAGAUCUCAUCCCAAAGGGAUGAAUGCCCAGAGAUGUUGACAACUGUUUUCCAUCCAUUUCUCUUGCUGGUCUCAGUAGUGUCUAGUGGAAGAACACACUGUAAGGACUUUGUAUUGCAAAAAUAAUGCCAAAAAGCAAAUAAACCUUUACUUAUCAAUUUCUUAGUCAUAAUGCAAAACACUGAUGGAAGUAGGUAAAAGAUUAUACAAUAGAAUUACGUUGUCUUUCUUUCCACUCUGUUUCCGCCUUUGAGGAUCUCCAUUUUGCAUCCAUCCGCAGUCUUGCCAAACAUAAAAGCAGUCCCCUUUCUAAUGUAUCAGCAUGGAGAUCUCUUGAUUUUUCACAUUUUGAGACAAGAAUGUGCAUACUUGCUUUUACAAGUUUCAUGCCCCUUGUGAAACUUUCUUCAUAAACCAGCUUCUUUCUAAACCUGCUGGAAUCUUGCCUGGUUUUGGUCUUUGGUCACACAGACAUCUUGGCCUGUGAUCUGACUCAGCUUCACCAGGUUCCUAUUGCAGUUCCAACAGAAAACUGAAUUACAGUCUACUUGUGGUGGUACAGCUCUAACCCAAAGAACUGAACAGACCUGGGGCCCAUUUUUCUUUCUCAUGUAGGAUCUCAGGGAAGUCUGUCACCAAACAAAAUCAUGAAGAUUUAGUCAGGAGCACUCUUUCAGUUGAACCAGGCUUUAACCAACACUUAACUCACAAUUCCUUGCUGGUGACAGUUU